CUUUACUUAAGCUGGGUAUUUAAAAUGUUGUUGUUUACCAGACUUGCAGUGCCGCUGAGGACCCUUCAAAAGCUGACCAAGGCACACAGAUGGCAUCAUACUAGUUUGACAAAUGAACUGAUUGAAAACAUGGACAAAAAAGCAACAUGGGACAGAUUCUAUACAGAAAAUGGAAGCAAAGGCCAAUUCAAAAAUUUUGAAUGGUUCUUUGGAUUUCACUCAGUCAAGGACUUCAUUCUUCCUGUACUUCAGACCAUGUCUCAUUCCCACAGUGGCCCAUUGAACAUCCUGGACAUGGGUUGUGGCACAUCCGCAUUAGGACCUUGUAUCUACAGAACCUCUCCAUGUGCUGUGAAGGUCAUCUGUGCUGAUAUCUCUUCAGUUGCAGUGAAACUUAUGCAGAAGCACAGUAAUUCUACAUUGGUACAGCCAUGCAAUCCAUCCUCUGCUCUUGCCUUCCUGGAGAUGGACUGCACACAGUUGAGAGGAUACUUUGUGGCCAGAAGCCUGGAUUUGAUAUUAGACAAGGGUACCACAGAUGCUUUAGUUAGGUCUAAAGAAGGUCAAGUUAAGGCUGGACAGAUAGUGAAGCAAUGUUUACAGGUGCUGAAGCCCUCAGGAACUCUCCUACAGUUCUCAGAUGAGGAUCCUGAUGCCAGGCUUGUAUGGCUUGAGAGAGAAGUUAGAGGAGGAGAACUGGCAGCUGAUGUAGGAGUUCAAGAGGUGGGAGAAUUGAGAGGGGUCAGCUAUUUUUGCUAUCAGAUUUCUCCUCGUACUUCUGAAAGGGUUUCUAAGUGACAAUACAGUCUUUGUACAAAAAUAUUGAACACUGAGAGCAUAAUAUUUUUUUUUUCUUGCACAAUGUACUUGCCUGAUCAAAAACCCAUCUACAUUGUUUGCAUCAGAUGAGCAGGAAACAAUACAAUUACACUAUAACAAUUUUUCAGACUUUUGUAAUAA